GGAAUUGUACCAGCCCUGGAAUCAAGCAGGCUGGACCCUUCUUCCAGGUGACAGCUGCCGCCAUGGGGGCUCCGGCCCUCCUGUGGCCUCCCCUGCUGUUGCCAUUGCUCACAGUGCUGUUUGGCCAACCUCCGGGGACCUUGGCCCAGACCCAGGUCUGCACUAUGAACGAGACCAUAUUUAGAAUCGAGGAGAACACCGUUGUUUCUCAGCCACUGGUGAACAUUUUUGUCCCAGACGGCCUGCACGUAACCCUGGGACCCUCGUCCCCCCCUUAUGCCUUUAAGAUCGAAGGAAAAGAGCUGUUUCUCAACAUGACUCCAGAUUAUGAGGAAAACUCAUUGCUUCAGGCAGAUGUGGAGUGUAGGAGAGGAGACACUGUGGUGGCACAGCUCAAGGUGUUUGUGGCUGUCCUGGAUGUCAAUGACAAUGAGCCAAAAUUCUCCUUUGCAAUCAAGGAAUAUAAAGUAUCAGAGGACACCAGAGUGAAUACAACCAUCAUCCCUGAGUCACAGCUGAAGGCUACAGAUGCUGACAAAAAUGACAUCCUAGUCUACACUCUGCAGGAAGUGACCCCCAAUGCCAGCAAGUUCUUCUCCCUGGAGAGCGUAAACUACCCUGCUCUGAAGUUGGACAAGACCCUGGAUUUCUACAAGAAUCAGAAUAUGACCUUGAGGCUGCUGGCACGGGACACUUGGGAGGAAAAUGUAAAGCCCAGCCACACGGCCACUGCCACCCUGGUCUUGAACGUGCUGCCAGCUGACCUACGGACCCCCUGGUUCCUGCCAUGCUCCUUCACAGAUGGCUACAUCUGCAUUCAGGCCCAGUACAGUGCGGUUGUCCCCACGGGACACAAACUGCCGUCCCCCCUCAUCUUGAAUCCUGGUCCCAUCUAUGCUGUGGACGGAGAUCAGGCCAUUAACCAGCCUAUCAUCUACAGCAUCAUUGCAGGAAACACGGAUGGCACAUUCAUCAUCAAUGCAUACGAUGGCAACCUCACGAUGGCCAAAAGUAUCCCGAGCCCCAUGAGGUUCACCCUCCUGAUCAGGGCUGAUCAGGCUGACAUGGCUCGAUACUCAGUGACCCAGGCCAUCGUGGAGGCUCGCAGUGUCACUGGGAACCCACUCCAGUUCUCUCAGAGCCUGUACUAUGGCACAGUGGUACUAGGAUCUGAUGCUGGCACAGCAGUGAAGGACAAGACCUUCCCUUCGGAGAUCCUGAGGAUCCAGGCUCAGUACCCAGGCUUCCCGGACCUCAACUCAGCUGUCACAUAUCGAGUCACCAACUCCUCAGAAUUCACGAUGAAUAAGGAUAUCAUGCUGACCGCUGUGCCUAUGGAGGAAGCGAGAACCAUCCGUGUAGAGGUAGAAGCUAGCAAUACUGUGACUAAGGACACAGCCACCGCUGUUGUUGAGAUCCAGGUGUCAGAGCGGGAACCGCCCUCCACAGGAGCAGUCGAGUCGGGUGAUGGCCAGAGAUUUUCCACGGUGGACAUGGCAGUGUUGGGCGGGGUGCUAGGUGCACUUCUGUUGCUGGCCCUCAUCUGCUUGGUCAUCCUUAUCCAUAAGCACUACCGACAUCGGUUCGCUUGUUGCUCUGGGAAGGCUUCGGAGCCACAGCCGAGUGGCUAUGACAACCUGACCUUCCUCCCAGACCACAAGGCCAGGUGGUCACCCACCCCCAACCGGAAGCCAGAGCUGAGCCCCGAGCCUGCCCAGCCGCCCCUCCGGCCUCCUAGCCCCAUGUCUUCCAGUCCUACGCCCCCCAGCUCCAUGCCUCCUAGCCCUCAGCCCAAAGCUUCCGGGUCUCCUAAGACAGUCCAGGCUGGGGACAGUCCUUCAGCCGUGAGGUCUAUCCUGACUAAGGAGAGGCGGCCGGAGGGGGAAGGCGGCUACAAGGCCGUGUGGUUCGGCAAGGACAUCGGGGCGGAGGCUGACGUGGUGGUCCUCAACGAGCCCACCGCCGACGUGGACAGCGCCAGUGCCUCGGGAAGUGAGGGCAGCGAUGAUGAUGAUGAUGACCCUGACCAGAAGAAGAGUCUCCGCCUUGGCGCAGAUGCUGACAACACUUACAUCUAGCUCAGCCCACCCCCCACCCCCCAACUCUCCACCCCAAGCCACUUCCCUUUCCUCUGCUGAUUAAAGUAGCACUUUCGAA